CUCUGAUGCCAGAGGCCUGGCCUGGGCAGCGCUGAGUGUUUUCUCAUCCCCUGGGAGCAGAGCAAGGCAUGGGCCUGCCCCUGCUGCUGCCCCUGCUGCUGCUGCCAGCACCCCUGCAGGCUGGUAGCUCAGCAGGAUCCAACUCAAUGCACAGCCUUUGGGUCCAGCAACCUGAGCACCUCUCAGCCCCUGAGGGUGGCUCCAUUCACAUCCCCUUCUCCUUCCAUCACCCCUGGGAGCUGGCCGAGGUUCCUGAUGUGAGGAUUUUCUGGAGAUGGAAACAAUUCCACGGAGCGUUCAUCUAUAACACAACCCCACUUUUCAUCCAUGAGGAUUUCAAGAAGCGGCUGGUCCUGCACUGGGCAGAGGAUUGUAGUAAUGGCUCCCUCCAGAUCUUGAACCUGCGGAGUGAGGAUCAAUCUACGUACUUCUGCAGGGUCCAGUUGAACACACGGAACCAUGGCAAGAGUAUCUGGCAGUCCAUCCGCGGGACCAGACUCAACAUCACCAUGGCCAACAACACAACUACCACAGUUGACCUCAGUGCGUCUGGGUCCCUGCGUUCAGAAGCUGUAUUUAAAGUGGCACUGGUGGGUUCUGUGCUCAAAAUUGCAAUUUUGGGACUGAUUGUCUACCUCUGGUGGAAGAAAAGCAAAGGUCUGCGCGCUGGCGUUAUAACCCCGGCCAGGACAACGUAGAGACCCCAAGCUGGACCCCAAGUUCUUACUCUAGAUGAAUCUUCUAUGCCUCCCUCACCCUCUCCAGUUCAAUCUCACCAGCAACACCUUCCAACCGGAGCCCCCAGGAGGUGAUCCUAUACUCCACCUUAAAGGCCUAAGGAGUGGGACUGAAUGACCUCCCUGGAGUAAGCUGCACAGAAGGAUCACGGCUUCCCAUAACUCCAGCCAGACACACAGGGCUCAGAAGCCAGCAUGCGCUGAAGACCACUAAGGACCUGAGAGAAAAACCUUCUGCUACAAUUCCCUCCCCUUUGUCUAUCUCCUUAGUAGGAUAUAAUCUGAGAGCUCAGCCUUAUAGUCCCACAACCUAGAACAGUGCUGAGAUAUUGCAGGUGUCAAUUAUUCGUUGAAUGAAUGAAGGA